AUGGGUAACUGCCACGCGGGCGAACCUACAAAUGGGGAAGAACCCCCCCCCUCGGAUGUACCCCAUAAUGGCGUUUUAAACCGAAGUGAAGACACACACAGAUUCCAUUUUGACACUCCCAAUAUAAGUAGUCAUGACGAACCAGGAAAAGACAACCACCAGGAGAGAAUCAAAAGGGAGGCAACCCUAGAAGAGGAGGAGGAAGACACAAGCGAACCACACAAAAAGAGUCACACGAAAGGACAGAAGGAACCAAAUAACACACUACUGAUGAGUAAUGAACAAGUUACGGGUAGUCCCAACUUGGGAAACCCAGACAAUGGACACAACAACGAUAUCAUACACGUCCUCCUGGUGGCCUCCCUAUUUUCUCAGAAAAUUAUCGACCUGCUCAGUGUGAACCGCUUUAUAUACACAGACUGCUCCGCAGAAGAACUGUACUUAAUUAAAAAUUUAGGAAUUCAAAUUUUGGGAAAUUUGUACAAAGAGGGAUUCAUCCAAGGGACGAAAAUCUGCCCUAGCAUUUUCUGCCUCUGUUUUACACCAGACAUGAAGUUAAAAAAUAGAAGUGAAAAAAUUAUAAACUGCAUUUUGGAGAAAGAAAGUUACAACUUUGUAAACAACCUGGCGGAGUGCCUACAGCAUAUGCUCUUCUACUUAAUAGAAAAUCACUACAUGUUCAGUACAUUUGAUAAGGGAGGCUUCGACAACCAGGAGAGAACUCAUGCAAUGCGUAGCCUUAGCGACUUCCUACCCGUAGAUACAAUCCUGUUUAACAAAAUGGAGCAACCCUUCUUCCAGUGCCUCCUAGAUAUCUACGAUCGUUUAUCCAACAAAAAUUUAAAAAUGAAAUAUGUCAAAACGGUACUUAAAGAAAUCGAAAAUGCGUGCCACCUAGUGUUGUAUGAGAAGGUUCGAAGUUUCAUACGGGAUGUGGGUUCCAAGUACAACGCCUCCACGGGGGGGGCAACACAUGCAGAGGGUACCAGUAGAGAUGGCUCCAACGUGAACGUCUCCGUUCGUAUUCCACAGGUGAGGGAUAUCUACGCGCUCAUCGUGAGGAAGUACAUGCCACAGAGUAGGUCCAGCGGCCGGAGCAACGAUCCGAUUGAUAGUGGCUCCGAUUCGUCAGCCCCGAAGAGGGCUACUAGAGGUAAUACAAGGGGGAAUAACCGAUCAGGAAGAGGAGCAACCAACGGAGAUAACCAUAUCCAACUGGAGGAGAAGAAGCCGUCUAAGCAUAGCAGCAAAAGAAUGAACAAGGACGAGCAGACAUCGACUUGCUCCAAUUCCAAGUCGAGCGAAAAUCUCAUCGAUGAAGACAUUUCCGACGUAGGAACUAGCUCAGAACAGAACGGCGACGAAAAAAACAUAAUCGAAAAAAUAAAAAAAAAAUACAACCACCUUGUGCACCACCAGAUGAACGUAGACGAAUUUACCUAUAUUAACUACUUCCUUUUUUUGUAUAUUCAAAUUCUAACCUACCUUCUCUCUUACCUGAACUUUACAACAUAUAACGAAAUGGCGCUACUAAUUCAUGACAUAAACAAGGUGUACUAUAUUAUUUCGUCCACCGUUAACAUAAGCUCGGAGGGGGACAGCCCCAAGUGCAACCACAGUUACUUCCACUCCAACGAUGAACGAAUUGAUGAACGAAUCGAUGAACGCAUGCAGGAAAUCUCCCACGAAGAUGAAAUGAACCAUGAAGGGGAAAGAGAAAAUUUCUCUAGGGUAAAUUUGAACCUCUGCAAAAUUAAGUGCUUUGCCAUGGUGCUGCUAAACAGUUUGACCAACCACUUGGUGCGGCAUUACCAGGUGGACACCUCCAGACUGAACGAACUGAUCGAAGAGGACAACGCGAAGGAAAACAAAAUAGAGGAAGAAGUCAGAGAAGAAAAAAAAAACAUCCUCAAUUAUUACGAAUACAUAUAUCAGUGCAUCGAAAUAUUUGUAGAAGACAAUGCGGUCGUCAUGGAAAAGCACGCUAGACAUAAUUUAAACGUGCAUAACUUGGGCACCCACAAUUUAAAUAGUGACUACAUAAAUGGGCUUAUGAAUGAUGGAAAAAACAAAAAAUUCGCACAGAAAAAAAAACAGAGGGAAGUCUCAAGGCAAAGAAGAUUGACCCUGAAGAAAAAUCCCUAG